GGUGAUCUAUUUGAUGCACCAGACGACGUCGUGCUUGUCCAUGCAUGCAAUACGCAAGGUUCCUGGGGCGCCGGCAUUGCCAAAGAGUUCCGCAGGCGGUACCCCAUGGCUUUCAGUUUGUACCAAGAACACUGUCUCGCUAAUCACCAUCCAAAGUCUGACCCUGUUCCGACGGGUUCGUGCCUCCUCAUACCUCCCUCCGAGGAGCGCCCCGGUUCAAGGAGGCACUGGGUCGCUUGUCUGUUCACCAGCGAAAAGUAUGGCAGAAGCAAAGAUUCGCAGGCCAGGAUCUUGGCGAAUACGCCCCUCGCCUUCAGGCAUCUGCUCCAUCUGUUAAGACGCCAAGCUCGGGAAAUCGGGCCAGCGAUCCAAGAAAUCAGGAUGUGUCAGAUCAACUCGGGACUCUUUGCAGUCGAAUGGGAGAACACCAGAAUGCUUUUGGAAGCAGUC